CUUUUUUUUUUCUUGUAAAACUUUCCACCAAUCGAGUCUAACCCAGCUAUUUCAACUUUAAACUGAUUUUAUAGUAGUUAUUAGCAAUCUAGGUAACUAUUACGCGUUCUAUUAACACGGUAUAAGCUUGCAGUCUGCACUUAAAUGAUUUAAAAUUUACAUCGUAUCGAGUAGAAAAAGGGUCAUAUAUAUAGAGAAAGCAGAAGACUUAACAUACGAAAAAUUCUCUUUCAUACUAAUAACCGGAUUGGUUAAAACACCAAUGAGAGAUUGUUAAAUAACUAAUAACAUGCUAUGACGUAUAUCCGUCCUUGAAAAUAUCCAGUAAAAAAGGUUGACGAGAAAGCACAGAGUCUCUUAUUUAAUUGAGAAAUCCUUUGAGAGGAUUUCAGUUUUCCAUGGCAUCAACAUGAAAAUAUUUUCCCUUUAUUUCUGUCUGUUUUUCGGAGGAUACUUCGCCGUACCGAGCUACAGCCAGAAUUAUUCGGCAGAGGAAACGGUGAAGCAAUGGGAAAAAUUGGAAAAAAUUGCAAGGAAAUAUGUUGAUUUAGCGUUAAAACAAGCUCUUCCCGCUUUAGUUAAAGCUAAUUCCGAAGCUAAAAUAUCUCCAAAAUGCUCCAACAGUGUUAUGAAAUUGAUCAUCGGUCUAAGAAGAAUGAAAACAUGGGCAUUCGAAAUGUUGGAUGCUGCUGGUAAACCUGGAGGUGGCAUAAUGGAAGGUACAUUAAUAGCAUUCGGUUCUUACGAUCAAUGUUUAAGCAUAGAAGCAAAAGACAAACCUAAUGGCAAAGAAUAUUUUCGAGGAAAAUAUUGUACGGUCAGCAUACAACCACCUGUACCACCGAAACCCGAAUUUUACACCAUGCAUCACAAAUUUGCAUCAUUUGCCAACUUUACUUCUUCAAAAACGUUUAUCCGCACUUUUUCGAAAGAUCUCCACUUCUUUUUAUUUCUUACGUACCGUCUUGGGAUAUGCGUUCCAUCUACUUGCAAUGGUGAUGAUUUGCAAAGCGUUUUAAAUAUGAUUUUAAAAGACUUGGAAGGUGUUUCAGCCAAUAUUAUCGGGUGCGAAAUCAAGGAACCAAUUGUGUUAAAUAAGUUGCAAAUAAUUAUAAUAGCAUUGGUGUGUGCAUUAGUUGGAUUGGUAAUAUUAUCUACAAUAAUCCAUCUUGUUUACAGAAGUACUAAACCAGAUCAUCUCAUUGCACUCCCUUCUAAUCAAGGACAUUUAUUAUCGAUAUUUCUGGCAUUUUCGCUUCAUAGAAGCAUGAAAAGAUUAACAAGAAUAGAAACAACUUUGCGGCAAUCCAAGGCCAUCCACGGAUUGAGGGCUUUAAGUUUCUUUUGGAUUAUAUUUGGAAAUAUUUUCCUGUAUUCAAAUUAUCAAGUUAUUCGUCAGUUGAAGAUGGCCGUCGUUUACUCUUGCACAAUUCUCUUUCAAGUUUUAGUUAGUUCUCCUCUUGGAUUUGACACUUUCUUCUUCAUAAGUGGUUAUAUAUUAGCCUACGGCGUUGCUCAGUCCUCGGGAAAUAUAAAAUUAUUGUACGUACGACACUUAUUUCACUAUCUAAUUAGAAUAAUACCAGGCUAUCUAUUGGUUAUUGCAUUCGUUUUUAUAGUGCCUAUUACCAAUAGUGGUCCAAGUUGGCACGAAAAUCUUGACCCUAUGGUUGAAGGCUGUCGUAAUAAUUGGUGGACUAACUUACUUUUUAUCAAUAACUUUAAUAUAACUGGAACAGAAAAGUGCUUGCAUCAGUCUUGGUACAUUGCCUGCGAUUUCCAAUUAUUUAUAAUUGGCCUUAUAGUAACUUCAUUAAUGGCAUGGUCACGAGUGGGCUUAAUCAUUAAUUUAUUGCUGAUUAUACUGUCCGUCUCAAUUACUGGAAUUAUGAUUUCAUACUUGAAACUUCCUCCAACAAUCCUGUUUUCGCAAGUGGAUGUCGUGCAACGGCAAGGAGUAGAGAAUCUUUUGUUUAACAGACCGUAUCCACACUUGGGCUCUUUUUGUUUAGGAUUAGCCUUAGGACAUAUUUUAGCUCAUAGAUCAGCCUUCAAGUUGAAAAAUUUUACGAAAUUAUUGGGUUGGUGCUUAGCUAUAAUAUGUAUGUUAUCAGUCACAUUUGGAGUUUACGAAUGGAAUUUCCACGAACAAAUAGCGACAACCGCAACAACUCUAUAUGGAGCUGCUCAUCGAUUGGCUUGGACUCUGGGAAUUGCUUGGGUGAUGUUUCUCUGUGCAACUCGCAACGCAGGUGUUGUAAAUACUGUGCUGUCUUGGACACCAUUGCGUGCGAUAAGUCGAUUAUCAUUAAUGGCGUACCUCUUUCAUCCCAUUAUCUUGACUACAUUAACAAGUCAUUUAAGAGAACGAAUACAAAUCACUCCUUACGUCAUAAUAUUUGUUAUGUGCGGCUUGUCCUGCCUUUCAUUAACUUUAUCGUUUUUCUCUUACGUCCUGCUAACGGCGCCCAUUAUGGAGAUAGAAGAAAUGUAUUUCGGGAAAAAAGUGGUAGAGAAAAAGAGGAUUUACGAGAAAUCGGAUCGGAUUUCAAAAAAAUUGAAAGAGCUAGAAGCAAAGAGUUAUUCAGACAGCGAAAAACAUGGAACGGAUAUUUUCAGGAAAAUCGACAUACAUGAGUUGGAAAAGAAUAAAGUAAACGGGGUUGUAAUUUUACAUUUGUAAUUUUUACAUUAUCAUGAAAGAAUUAUAAGUCGUUUUCACUUAUAAUUAUUACUUUAAAUCUUGAUUAUAGUCAAGAAAUAUCUUCAACAUUAAUAUGUUAAUUUCAUUAAAAUUGAUAUUUUUUUUCUCAAAGAAAAUCAGGAGUUACGAAAAAUUAAUCAUAAAGAAUCGAACUAAUUGCGAAAUUGCUAUGUGACAUUUGGGUUAAUGCAAGUUCGAAGUUACCAAACCGGGAGAAACCAAACUUGUUCUUAAAUACUCAAACCAGCUUCCUUCAUUAUUCUUCAUACAGUCAAUUUUUUUCCGUUUUCUUUUUGUCAAAUUUUUAAAAUUCGCAGAAAUUUAGUACAAAUGACAUAAUUUGACGUUUCUGUUUAUACUCUUUCCGCCUGUGAGUGCUAUGAGGACCUAUUUAAUAAAACCUAUCGUGAGUUAGGCCAGGUGGUGAGGUUCGAGAUCCAACAUACCAGACUGAUCACCCCCGAAAAUUUCCUGGAAUUUUUUUCGACCGAUCCGGAUUCGAUUUCGGGUCCCCAGAACGGUAGGCUGACAACUUAAUUUGUCUGGUUAUUUGGCCCUAUAAUUUGAUGUUACAAACAUAGAAAUUUAUUUUGAUGUAUAUAGCAUAUUUUCAUUAUUAUUCUGAUGUAUAAUUCAUUUCGCCAUAAUAAUAAAUAUAAAUUGUUAGUUGUUAUUAUCCGUAAAUCUACUAUAGUCAUUAGUUUAUAUUAUGAUAUAUUAUCUAUUAACAAAUUAACAAUAAUAAUAGAUAAAAACUUAUAGUUAAUUAGCCUACUCUUAAUAUGCUCAUUUACUUCAAUUAGUAUAUUCGAGAUAAUUCAUAUUAAAGAAUUAUUUGAUGGAUCAAAAUGGUAUAUCAAUUAGAACAUUCUCACGUAAAAUAAUUUUAUAUAUUCAAAUAUUUUUUUAAAAAUUUAAUGCUAAUUAAAAUUUUCGUUAAUAGAUUAAUUUUUUUAAAUCAUAAAUAAAUUUGCAGAAAGUUUAGUAAUUAAGUUUAAUAUAAUCGCUGUCUGUUCUACAGCAAUAUUAACCCGUAAAUUGGCCACGUGUCAAAUAACAUUAUAAAUUUGGGAUGCACAACGUAUGGAUUGUUCGUUGUUUUACUGUGGCCCACCGCCUAAUUUCAGUAAAAAUGUUUUGUGUUGAUAGACCGACUUAAAUGUUUAUAAAUGCAUUAGCAUUGAUUUUAAAUCCAUAUAAUGUAAUUAAAUUUAACGUAACAUUUUAUUUCUGGAUUCGCACACGUUUUCAUUUUUGUCAUUUUUGACUCUCCUGCUUAUGGGCACAAAGAUGGCUUUUUCUCCAUGCCCAUCGCGGAUUUGGCCAGGCCCACAAUGGAGUCAGUCGGGUGUUGAGGGACGUGAUGUAACAUCCGGAAUAGACCGCCAUGAAAAAAUCCUGGGAGAGACACCACUUUAAUUAGAUCCCAGAGUGGCAGAAAGAUCCUUUUCUGCCUCUGCUAUCCGGCAGCGCGCACAAAUAUUUGUUUAAGUUUCAUUCGAGUACAUUAUAUAUAUAAUACUGCAGCCCGUUUAAAAACAAUUUUACCUAAUGCGGCCGAGAUAAUACUUUGGUUGUGCAUUCCAGUAGCAAAAUAGAUAGCCAUGUUCAACUUUUGUCGAUUACAAGAAAUCAAAUAUGCAUUGGGCUGGAAAUUUUGGAUUUGAGAAUGGAGGAACAGUAUCUCGUUCCUUAAUGAAUUAUUAAAGUUUCUGUAUGGGUUUCGAACCGGGAUCCUCUACAAAAGUUGGCUGUUCCGUUAUUAUAAUUAAUGUGAAAAAAGUGUAGGAAAAAUCACGAAAGUCCCGAUCCAAAUUAUCUAAAGUUACGAAGAUUCAAGUCGGAAUCGAACAAGAUCAAUAACGAAAUUAUACUUCUUACCUGUCUUUUUAAAAAAGAUAAGUGUAAUGAAAAAUGUUGAAAUUAGUAUCUUAUAUUUUCUAUAUUUUAAUGAAUGUCAGAAGCUAUAAAAAAAUUCUUUUAAA